UGGCAGGACUGGGAGCUUUAACCAAACACUACGAGAGAGAAUCUGAGUCUGAAUCCAUUAUUACUGUCUGGGACCUUUCAGGAUUCUUACUGGGAAUACUGGGACUUCAUUAAAACAGAUCUUUAGAAGUUUCUCACUUCCCAUAGGCUACUAAAAACAAACAAAGCCAACUUUGCAAAUAUUCUAGUCGAGUCUAGAUGAAUAUGCUACUACUGAACCGUUUUCAAAAGUCGAUUGGAUGAGUUUCAGGGAGAAGAUGAUCUGCAGCAUCCUGCUGCUCAUCAUCCUGACCUCCUGUGUCUCUGGAACAUUUGUAGUGAAUGUGACCCAGACCUCCUAUCAGGCAGAGGAGAACCACGACAUCACACUGGAGUGGACCUUCACAACCAACCCUCACAGUUCCUCCAACUCUCUAAAUAUCUUCUGUGAACUGUUAACUGAUCUCAGACCCUCAGUCCUGUUUGAUCUCCAUGAAGGAGUUGAGGUCCCAGAGUCUCAGGAUGAACAGUUUGCAGGACGAGUCCAGUGGGACAAAGACGUCCUCAGAGAAGGACGACUCAGACUUCAUGUGUCCAGACUCAGGACUGAAGACUCGGGACUGUAUGUGUGUGACGUGAUCUUAAAUUAUUGGAGUAGCUCUGGUAAAUGUCGGCUCAAUGUCACUGCAGCGAGGGAUCGGCCUGAACCUGAGACACCAAACACAACAAGUCCACCAAACACAACAAGUCCACAACAACAGGAGAGUCAGGGGAGGAGUUACCUCUUAUAUUUACUGUUGGAACUGUUUAGAAUAUCAUUCGGUCCACUGUUGGUUUUUCUCCUGUAUGUUUUGUUUUAUUCUUACUUGUCAUUAAAAAAAAAGAGAAAUCAACAUCCCUACUUAAAGAAAAGAUACAGGUCAGCAGGGGCUGUUAGAAUCCAAUUUUAUACCACAGGAAAUCCUAGUUCCCCAUUUGCUUGCAUGUUACAAUUUGAUUAAUCUGAAACACAUCUUUCCUUUAUAUUCUUUAGUCAGUGACCGUGAUUCAUAUUACACA